CGUAAAACUAAAGCUUGAGGGAGACGCGUUUUAAUGCGCAAUUUCUUUAGUAUAAAACAGUAUAGUUAACUCAUAAUAAUUCUAAGUUUCUAUUAUCAGCGUUUCAAUUCAAUUUCAAUUCUCAGAAAUCGGAGAUGAGCAUGGAGGAACCCUCACGCUCUGCCAACUCCGGCUCCAAUUCAAAACGAACCUCAAAUUCCAAUCAAAGCAACAAGAAGAAGAAGACGAGUCAAAAUACCCUAGGCAUGGCCUGGGGUGCCAGUUCUCGCUCUGCUUCUCGUCCCGCCUUCAAUAAUUCACCUUUCUCCAAUUUUGGCAGUUACAUGGCCGUCAAGAAUCAGAAGCUUCACGAGCAGUUUGAGGCGGAGGCAUCAAGCACUUCUAUCAGUGGUUCAAAUUCUUCAAAACCUAUAUUUCAGGGCGUAUCCAUUUUUGUUGAUGGAUACACGGUUCCUUCCAGUCAGGAACUUCGAGGAUUUAUGUUGAAGCAUGGAGGCCAUUUUGAAAAUUAUUUUUCUAGGCGUCGUGUUACUCAUAUAAUAUGUAGUAAUCUUCCUGACAGUAAGGUCAAGAAUUUAAGGUCCUUUAGCAGGGGACUUCCAGUUGUCAAAGCCACAUGGGUGUUGGAUUCUGUUGCUGCAAAUAAGCUUCUGAAUUGGGUUCCUUAUCAGCUUGAUCAGCUUGCAAGUGAAGUUAAUAACCAGCCUAAGCUAUCUGCUUUCUUCACAAAAAACAUUGCUUGUAAUGAUGAUACAACAACAUGUUCAACUAUCCAAGCCACAUCUAGAGUUGGGAGCCCAUUGUCAUAUUCUGGACCAAUUGAAGAUCCUUUAUCAUUUGAAGAGUGGCAAUCUGCAGAAGAUUUGGAGCCUUGUGCUCUACAAUCUAAAGAUCUAGUGCAAACAAACUACAAUGUAGAUAGAGUUGAGGAGUCAAGUUGUAGCAUAGCAAUGCAAGAACUGAGUGAUGCUGCAAGUGGAGAUGGAAGCCAAGCUCCAUUUUCAGCACCUUCCAGUCCUCAUAACGAUGCAUCAGUUUGUAGCGAAUGGAUGAGUUAUCCCGUUAACGCGGGCCCAUCAAAUUUAAAGAUUCCUAGGUCUCCUAAUCAGCAACAUUCAACUUUAGUUGAUGCUAAUUUUGUGGAAAAUUACUUUAAGCAUUCGAGGUUGCAUUUCAUUGGCACCUGGAGAAACCGGUAUCGUAAACGAUUUCCUAGCUCCCCUGGUGGGUUUAGAUGCACAAGUUCAGGCCCUAGUUCUUCAGCAACAGCAAAUAAGACAAUGAUUAUUCAUGUGGAUAUGGAUUGCUUUUUUGUGUCUGUGGUCAUUAGGAAUCGUCCCGAGUUGAAGGAUAAACCUGUUGCCAUUUGCCAUUCAGAUAAUCCACGCGGAACAGCUGAAAUAUCUUCAGCGAAUUAUCCUGCUAGGGGUUAUGGAGUCAAGGCUGGAAUGUUUGUCAGAGAUGCCAAGUCAUGUUGCCCUCACCUAGUAAUUCUUUCUUAUGACUUCGAGGCUUAUGAGGAGGUUGCUGAUCGCUUUUAUAACAUAUUGCACAAGUACUGCAACAAAGUGCAGGCCGUAAGUUGUGAUGAAGCAUUUUUAGAUGCCACUGAUUCUGGAGUAGAGGACAUUCAAACUUUUGUCUCAGUGAUCAGAGAGGAGAUUCUUGAUGCGACAGGCUGUACUGCUAGUGCUGGUAUUGCUGGGAAUAUGCUUAUGGCGCGUCUUGCUACUAGGAUUGCAAAACCAGAUGGGCAGUGUUACAUCCCUGCUGAGAAGGUGGAGGAGCACCUGUGUGAACUUCCAGUAAAAGCACUUCCUGGAAUCGGUCACGUGUUGGAAGAGAAGUUGAACAGGAGACAAAUCACAACUUGUGGGCAGCUGCGUAUGAUUUCCAAGGAAACUCUCCAGAAGGACUUUGGUUCUAAAACUGGCAGUAUGCUAUGGAACUACAGUAGAGGGAUAGAUGACCGGUUGGUUGGCAUGAUACAGGAAAGCAAAUCCAUAGGUGCAGAUGUUAACUGGGGCGUGAGGUUCAAGGAUCUGAAAGACGUACAACAUUUUCUGUUAAACCUUUGCAAGGAGGUUUCAUUACGUUUGCAGGGGUGUGGAGUGAUAGGGAGGAAGUUUACCUUAAAGAUAAAGAAAAGAAAGGGUGAUGCAGGGGAGCCAGUAAAGUAUUUGGGCUGUGGUGUUUGUGAUAACUUGAGCCAUUCUGUCACGGUGCCAUUGGCUACAGAUAGUGUUGAUGUGCUUGAGAGAAUUGUUUCACAGCUUUUUACGACUUCACACGUGGAUGUGGAGGACAUACGAGGCAUGGGAUUGCAGGUCUCAAAGCUUGAAACUGCAGAUAGUUCCAAGCAAGGCAAAGAGAUAUACUCCAUCAGAUCUUGGCUCACUGCUCCCUCUACUAAGACCAAUAACCAAAACAGAAGCAGUAGUCAUGAGAAAGGUGCUGAUGCUGCUAACAGUAAAAGCAGUGUUGAUGAACGCCAGGCUCAGUUGCAGGGUGAUUCAAGUACACCUUUCAUUGAAAUGACUGCAGCGUCGCCCUCUGGUACUGCUGGAACUCUGCCUCCUAUGAACGAACUUGAUAUAGGAGUUAUAGAGUCUCUUCCUCUUGAGGUCUUUUCAGAAAUUAAUGACAUGUAUAAUGGAAAAUUGGCUCAUUUUAUUAAUGAAAAGAGAAGCAAAGGCGUAUCAGGAAAAGAAAACAUAUCUUCUGUUUGCCCUGCUGCACCUGGUGAAGCUUUUGCUGCUCAUGAGUAUAAUGAAGAGGAAAUCCAAGUGGUCUCUUAUCCUAAUAAGCUUUUUGCUGAUAUGAAAAGUGAGACACUGUCUGAAGCUAGUGUACCAAAUAUGGACGUGGUUAUUAAUGCUCCUGUCUCAGGAGGCAUCAGUCUAAUGCCUUCUUCUCUAAGUCAAGUAGACACCUCAGUUUUUCAAGAAUUGCCUGAGGAGUUGAGGACAGAUAUACUUGAACUCCUCCCUGCACACAGGAACACUGAAGCUUCACUAGAUGCUUCCUUGGUCUGUGCUAAUAAUCAGAACUGUAGUCCUUCUAUUUCAAGCAUUGAUUUGUGGGUUGGAAAUCCACCUGAAUGGAUUGACAUAUUCAAAGCCAGCAAUUGUCAGAUUUUGUGCGUUUUGGCAGAGAUGUAUCAAAGAGCAGGGGCAAAGAAACAGUUAUCUUCUGUACUGCAGAGGACUAUGUAUCAGAUUUACAUUCUCCCUGAUGUCGGUACUGAUGGAUGGGAUGAGGCUGUUAGUUGCUUGUGCGAGCUUAUCAAGCAGUAUCUAAAAUUAAAAAUUUCAACUGAUAUUGAAGAGGUUUACAUAUGUUCUUGUCUUUUAAGAAGGUUAACUGCAAGGUCAAAAGUUUUCGUAGAAGUUUACAACAACUUGCUUCCACAUUUUCAGGCAUCGGUUAGUGAGAACUAUGGUGGCAGCUUUUACAUUGCUUCUGUGACGGAAUGAUGUGUGGCAUACCUUCUUUGCCAAGAAAAAGUGUCAGGUGCUCUAUGCCUACAAGUCCACAUUCUGCCUGCUCACUUGUUCUACUUGUAAACUGUGUAUCGAUGCAAAGGACCUCUUGUACAAGAACUCACACCUGGUUUAACAGAAGAUCUUGUGAACUUUUGACAGUACCACAUGAUGUUAGACGAGCCCUGUUAUCUUAGACGUCCAGUCUCCCAAGAUAGUGCCUUUGGUUAUGCAUCUUGGUUGUUAAAACUUCUAUUUUGGUAUGCUGUCAAGAAAGGUGGUUUGAUGGAAAGCAGUGCCUGUUUGUUCUCGACUUGCUUGAUUCUUCUGUUUAAGGAAAGGAAUUGUAGUAGUCUGCAUUUAUCUGUACUUUGGCGUUAUUGGUCAGGCCUCACUACACUGCAACUGCUGAUUGGAGUGAGGAGCAGUUUCCAUGGUUGUGGAUUGCUAAGAUGCAGUGUUGAGGCAGACUAAUGGUUGGUGCUAAGUUCAUGGUUAACCCAAAUUAAGUCCUAGAAGGAACGCUUUAGAGUUCAUUAGACUUCUUGGACGGUACGUAACUUUUUGACUCAUAGCACUGCUACAGUCAACACAUAAACGUUAUUAUCCAUCUUUACUGUUCGAGAAAUUUUCAGAAGGUGAAACUUUGUUUACAUGAAAAACGGUGGCCUGUCACGUUCAUAAUUGAAGCUUAUAUGCAAGGGUAAUCCAUCACCUGGUUUGACCAUGAAAAUUAAAGAAUACCUGCUCGUGCUCUCAUAUUACUCUUCACGUUUUGCCAUUGCAUUUUUCGAACAGCGUGCAGCAUAUGUUGGGACUGUUGACCCAUUGAAACCGUACGGUUGCUUUUCAAAUUUUUUGAUUCCAUUACAUUUGUCGAGAAGUUAUUGGGUUCAAAUGAAUUCGUAUCUGAGCUUCUACCUCCUCCUUGGUGGCAGCCCAACAUAUAGUUCAAAGAGAAUUUUAGAAAUAGCAAACGUACUAGACAUAAUAAGACUUCUAUAGCUAUAGUUUCGAUAAUUGUGAACCUUUUAGAAAUAGCAAACAUAAAGACAUAAUAAGACUUCUAUAACUAUAGUUUCGAUAAUUGUGCCUCAUAGAUAUAGUUCCGUUUGCUAUGGAGGUUGCGAUUUGUGUAUUUCGCUUGUGAAUAUACAAAUAGGGGUAAGUAUAUACAAAUUUUGUAUUUAUACAUUUAAGGAUUUUUUUAGAGUCUCGUUUGUAUAUUUUACUUGCCAAACAUGGUAAUUUAUUAUGUAUUUUUCAUAAAUUGUAAACAAAUAGCGGGGGUUAACAUAUCCAA